AAGGCUCAGGAGGACAUGAUGGCAAACAUCAGUUUGUGCUUAAGACAGCAAAGGGAACGAGGGACUACAACCCCAAGCAGAUGGCCAUCAGAGAGAAAGUCUUCAACACCAUCAUCGGCUGCUUCAAACGCCACGGAGUAGAGACCAUCGACACACCUGUUUUUGAACUAAAGGAAACAUUGACAGGGAAGUAUGGAGAGGAUUCCAAGCUCAUCUACGAUCUCAAAGACCAAGGAGGAGAGCUGCUGUCCCUCAGAUAUGACCUCACUGUGCCCUUUGCCCGCUACCUGGCAAUGAACAAGAUAACCAACAUCAGCUACCACAUUGCUAAGGUCUGUCGCCGUGACAACCCAGCCAUGACCCGUGGACGCUACCGAGAGUUUUACCAAUGUGACUUCGACAUAGCAGGGAAGUAUGACGCCAUGAUCCCAGACGCAGAGUGUCUGAAGAUCGUCCACGAAAUCCUGAGUGAGCUGGACCUCGGAGACUUCCGUAUCAAGGUCAACGACAGACGCAUUCUCGAUGGGAUGUUUGCUGUAUGUGCUGUUCCAGAUGACAAGUUCCGUACCAUCUGUUCAACAGUGGAUAAACUGGAUAAGAUGGCUUGGGAGGACGUGAAGAAGGAGAUGGUGAAUGAGAAGGGCUUGUCAGAGGAAGCUGCCGACCAGAUUGGGGAGUACAUCAGUAUGCAAGGUGGAAUGGACUUAGCAGAACGCCUCCUUCAGGACCAGAAGAUGUCUCAGAGUAAGCAGGCCUGUGCUGGCCUCUCAGACAUCAAGCUGCUCUUCAGCUACCUGCAGCUCUUCCAGGUCACAGACAAGCUGGUGUUCGACCUCAGUCUGGCCCGCGGCCUGGACUAUUACACAGGAAUCAUUUAUGAGGCAGUGCUGACUCAGGCAGGUGUGGCUCCAGUAACCAAUGACAACCAACACGGGGCAAAUACAGAGGAGAAUGUCAGUGUGGGCAGCGUGGCUGGAGAGGGUCGCUACGACGGCCUGGUGGGCAUGUUCGACCCAAAGGGCAGGAAAGUUCCGUGUGUGGGCGUCAGCAUUGGCAUCGAGAGGAUCUUCUCCAUCAUGGAGCAGAAGGCUGAGCUCUCAGCGGAGAAGGUUCAUACCACAGAGGUUCAGGUCAUGGUGGCGUCUGCUCAGAAGAACCUCCUGGAGGAGAGACUCAGACUCGUCACUGAGCUCUGGAAUGCUGGGAUUAAGGCAGAGGUGAUGUACAAGAAGAGCCCCAAACUGCUGAGUCAGCUGCAGCACUGUGAGGAGUCGGGCAUCCCCCUGGUGGCUAUACUGGGAGAACAGGAGCUGAAGGAUGGAGUGGUCAAACUAUGCAACGUGGCCACCAGAGAGGAGUUUGAUAUUUCCAGAGCUGAGCUGAUCGCUGAGAUCAGGAGGAGGACCUCUGAGGCGUAGCCGCUCCUUCCUGUGGAGCUACAGCCUCAUCAGCCGCAUCACCCGAUUGGUUCAAACACAAGACGCUCUGCGCUCUUCAAGCGAAACCUUACGCUGAAUUUCUUGUCUAGUCCUCUCUAAAGCAUGUUGGACAUCAGUGCAGCCUUACACUGAAAA